CCUAUUAAUAGAUACGAAGUACUUAGUAUUUGGGUGUGAGGAAGUAUAUUUUUCCCUUGGAACCCUAGAACCUCUGCCUGCUCUCCCGUACCUCCUUCGAGAAUGGUGAAGUUUUUGGACGAGGAAACGACGAAGAAAGUUAUUCGUCAGGUCGAGUUUUAUUUCAGUGAUAGCAACCUUCCUAGGGAUUCUUUUCUCAAGAAAACAGUUGAUGAAAGUGAAGAUAGGUUGGUCAGUUUGUCUCUGAUAUGUUCAUUCUCGAGGAUGAGAUCCCAUUUGGGUUUACAAGAAGCAAAACCAGAUGAUAUAACAGAUGAUACUGUCAAAGCUGUGGCCGAUGCAUUAAAAAGCUCUACUUUCCUUAAGAUUUCAGACGAUGGAAAGAAAAUUGGUCGAGCUACAGAAUUGCCCAAGCCCGAGGAGGUUAUAGAACAAAUAGAUGGGAGGACUAUUGCUGCAUCACCACUGGAGUAUUCUAUCAAGCUUGAAGAUGUAGAGUCAUUCUUUGGACAAUAUGCAAAGGUUAACAGUGUACGGCUACCUCGUCAUGUUGCCGACAAAAGACUAUUUUGUGGCACUGCCCUGGUUGAAUUUUCAAGUGAGGAAGAUGUUCAAAGCAUUCUAAAGCAAAGCUUGCUUUAUGCAGGAUUGGUGUUAGAACUAAAACCAAAGAAAGACUUUGUUGCAGAAAGAGCUGAGCAGGAAAAAGUAGCAGAGAAUAAUACUGUUCACAAAAGUUCAUCUCAUAAAAGUCAACCCAAUGUUGAAGACAACUACCCUAAGGGCUUGAUUGUUUCUUUUAAACUGAAGAAGAACAAAGAAAAAGGUACUGCAGAAGUAAAUGGUUACCACAUGCCAGGUACUGACAAUGUUGAGGUACAAACCACCACUAAAGAUAGCAAGAAAUUAAUUGCUGAAGAUGAUUCAAAUGAUGAAGAAAAUAAUGAGAAUACCCUUGAAGAAGUUGACACCACACCAUCCAAUGGCAAUGUUAAUGUGCCUGCUGCUGCAGAGACACAGAUUACAAAAGAAGAUGAAAAGGAAGUGAAUCAAGAAAAAGAGUCAAAAGAUGAAGAAAAGUGUGAUAAUAACAAAGAUAAUGUUGAUAUACAAGCUGCUCUAGAUGUACAAACUACAAUAGAAGAAAACAAUGACAUUACUGUAGAUAAAGAGACGAAAGAUGAAGAAGAAAAGAAUGCGAGAGCUAAGGAGGGUGAUGACAGAGUAGGAAGUGAUGGACAGAAUCCAGUGGAAAUGGAUGGCGAAAAAACAAAAGAACGACUAUCUUUACCUUGCAAGGAUGAUAAGGAUGUUGUUUUACGUGAUGAUCUAAAAAGCUUGUUUGGGAAGUUUGGUGUUGUGAAGUUUGUAGAUUUUGAGACGGGGUCAGAUUCAGGAUAUAUAAGGUUUGAGAAGGCUGAGACAGCUCAAAAGGCAAGAGCUGCUGCUGUGCUUGCUGUGGAAGGUGGCCUGGUAGUGAAAAAUUGUAUUCUUACCUUAGAUCCUGUGACUGGUGAUGCUGAAAAGGAAUACUGGAACCAGUUUUGUGGUGGUCAGGAGAGACGAGGAGGCAAUUAUAAGGGCUAUAAAGGAAGAGGCAAAUUCAGAGGUGGGAAGCACCCCCCGCGACACAGGGAUAGCAAUUCAGGCCGGCCAAACAAAGCUCAGAAGGUUAGGGCCUGAUACAUAUGAGUCUAUCUGCUUCUCGCAGCAGAACUGGACACAUAUAAUUAUAUUAUUAUUAUUAUUAUGACAUCAUCAUGUGGGUAUGCUUCCCAAAAUUUUGUGCUGUUACGAAUUCAGAAGCACUCUUACUGCAUCUUUGCAACCAAACCUAAUCAUUGAGCUAUGAAUGUUUUUGGGAUGAGGUUUUUAUAAAGCAUGGCGAAUGUUUGAUGGACUUGUGCAUUCUUGUCGAAAGG